UAUUGUAGAUGACCUAACGUGCCUUCCAUAGUUCCAUUCCAUGAAUAACACAGCCUUGCCUCCGUGCGCCGAAGCUGAAAUCGGCGAAAACCGAACUUUGAUUUCUCUCAUAAACACAAUCCAUUCUAUUGCUAUUGCUUGCUGCCGACACAUAACAUCACAAAAUGUCGUUUCCAACAAGGUUAAGGUUUUCCGUCUCUCUUUCCACUCUCAAGUUUCCCUCUUUUCUUCCAAACCCCUCACUCCCAAAACUCCAUUCUCACUUUCACUCUCGACCCCCCUCCUUUGAAAAUGUUGAUGAUGCUCUUUUCCAAUUCCAUCGCAUGCUGUGUAUGCGUCAUACCCCUCCCAUCAUCCAAUUUAACAAGAUUUUAGAUUCCUUUGCGAAGAUGAAGCACUAUCCCACUGUUGUUUCCCUCUCUCGCCGAUUGGAACUCAAGGCUAUUCAGCCUGACUUCUUUACUUUGAACAUCCUCAUUAACUGUUUCUGCCAUUUGGGUCAAAUCAACUUGGCUUUCUCUGUAUUAUCCAAGAUCCUCAAAUGGGGUUAUCAGCCAGAUACCGUAACCUUGACAACACUCAUCAAAGGUCUCUGUCUUAAGGGUCAGGUCAAGAAGGCAUUGCACUUUCAUGAUAAGUUAUUGGCACAAGGAUUUCGGCUGGACCAAGUUAGUUAUGGGACUUUGAUCAAUGGGGUGUGUAAAAUUGGAGAAACAAGAGCUGCCAUUCAGUUGCUGAGAAGGAUUGAUGGGAGAUUGACUGAGCCUAAUGUGGUAAUGUAUAACACAAUUAUUGACUGUUUAUGUAAACGUAAACUUGUAUCUGAGGCUUGCAAUUUAUUUUCUGAAAUGUCUGUCAAGGGAAUUUCUGCUAAUGUUGUCACUUAUAGUGCCAUAAUUCAUGGCUUCUGCAUUGUUGGUAAGCUGACAGAAGCACUUGGGUUCUUAAAUGAAAUGGUAUUGAAAGCCAUCAACCCAGAUGUCUAUAUCUAUAAUACACUGGUUGAUGCAUUGCAUAAAGAAGGAAAGGUGAAAGAAGCCAAGAAUGUGUUAGCUGUGAUAGUGAAAACAUGUCUGAAACCUAAUGUUAUUACUUAUAAUACUUUAAUUGAUGGCUAUGCAAAACAUGUCUUCAAUGCUGUGGGCCUAAUGGGAGUAACUCCUGAUGUUUGGAGCUACAAUAUCAUGAUUAACAGAUUAUGUAAGAUUAAAAGGGUGGAGGAGGCCUUGAAUCUCUAUAAAGAAAUGCAUCAGAAAAAUAUGGUUCCUAAUACAGUGACUUACAAUUCUCUUAUUGAUGGUUUGUGCAAAUCUGGUAGAAUCUCUUACGCUUGGGAUCUUAUUGAUGAGAUGCAUGAUAGAGGUCAUCAUGCAAAUGUUAUCACCUACAAUUCCUUAAUAAAUGGUUUAUGCAAAAAUGGUCAGCUUGACAAGGCAAUUGCAUUGAUCAACAAAAUGAAAGAUCAAGGAAUUCAACCGGAUAUGUACACAUUAAAUAUACUUCUUCAUGGUCUAUUAUGCAAAGGCAAAAGACUUAAGAAUGCUCAAGGGCUUUUUCAAGAUCUUUUGGAUAAAGGCUAUCAUCCAAAUGUUUACACAUAUAAUAUUAUAAUAUAUGGGCAUUGUAAAGAGGGGUUGCUUGAUGAGGCAUAUGCUUUGCAGUCAAAAAUGGAAGACAGUGGUUGCUCCCCUAAUGCUAUAACAUUCAAAAUAAUUAUCUGUGCUCUCUUGGAAAAGGGUGAGACUGAUAAGGCAGAGAAACUUCUUUGUGAAAUGAUCGCUAGAGGCUUGCUGAAAAGAUAAAGGUCACACACCUCAUUUCCAUAUCAAAUUGCAUAUCUAUUGUUGUUGACUUUACAUGAAUGGUUUGUAAAUUUUGUGUUUGUUUGAUCAGAGGAGUUGGUUAUGCAGUGGCCUCACUGCUGCUGAUGUUUUUGUCAUUCCACAUUGGAUAUGCAGUGACACACCUCAGUUAUCUAUUAAGUUACAUUUCUAUUGUUGUUGAAUUUAUAUGAAUGGUUAGUAUAUUUUUUAUCUGUUGGAUCAGAGGAGUUAGGCUACACAGUGGCCUCUCUGCAGCUGAUGCUUUCAUAGUUCCAUGUUGGAUGUGAAGAGUUGAUAAUUUUUUAUUUCUUUGCAUUUUGAUUGCUAUAGUCGAUUAGUCAUAUCAAAAGUAUAGAAGGUGAAACUCUUUAGUUCCCUCUGAAAUUUCAUUUUUUAUGUUAGAAUUCGUUUUAAAUGAUUAGUAGAGGAGUUGAGAGCAAUGACCUCAUUGCCGGUCAAGUUUAUAUAUUGAUUUUGGUCU